AUGUCGGCUAGAACGUUACGAAUACUAGCAAAUCUUAAGAAAACAAAAUAUAACGAAUCACCAGAAAUUAGUGAAACGGAAUCAGAAUUAUUAAACCAGUUGGCAGAUAAUAUUGCCCCAGAGGAUUCUUUCCUAAAUGACGAUGAAAUGGAUGAUUGUGACAUUGACCCAGAUUUCAACGCUUCUUCGAGUAGCGAUGUGUCUAACGAAGGCAAAGACGAUGAGUCUAAUGAAGGCGCUACUUACAAAACAAAACCUAAAAGGAAAAGGAAAUCGAAUACUGAUUCUGUGAGGAAAAUAGUAGUAGUUGCUGAUGUGGUGCAUCAUGUAACUGGAGAUUCAGAAAACAUCCCUGCCAGUAAGACAUUAGAAAGAAACAAUCAACCAACAAAAGAAACGGAACCAAGAACUGAAAAUACAGGUUUUUCGAAUAUAAACCAAGACGAUGUACAAAUUGAAACUAGCGACGAACAAAGCGAGAAUAAAGGAAACAAUAAACGAAAAAACAAUAAUAAGAUGGAUGAAAUGAUAGAAAUGGAGGAAACAGAAAAUGACCAAGAUGAUAAUCCAAUAGAAGGCAAUAAUACCGUGACUGAGGCAUUAAUAGAAAUGGAGCAAACAGAAAAUGAUAAUAAUAAUAUGAACGAAGUAAAUCGGAAGAGAAAAAGAACUUUAGAGGAACAAAUGAGAAAUAAUAAAAAUAAGCAUCCCAUUGGAGGAUCUUGUAGCUGCAAAAUGAUGUGCUUUGAUAAGAUCCCCGUUGAAGAUAGAGAACUUAUCCAUGAGGAUUACUGGAAUAUGGAUAAAAAUUUACAACGAGUAUGGCUUGCAUCAAAAGUAACCGGACAACUUUCAAAAAGGAAACUUCGAGAAGGAGAGAGAAGAGACAUUACAAGAAAAUAUGUGUUGCCGAAAAAGAACCACGAUGGGGAAAUUACUAAUAUAAGUGUUUGCCAAAAGAUUUUUUUAAAUACUUUGGGGUAUGGAAACGCUAAUCUAUUAACAUCACUAAGGAAAUCCUUAACAGAUCCAAAUGUUAAUAAGCGUUUAGUACCACAGAAAGAUCAGCGAGGCAGGCAUCCUUCGGCUAAUAAAAAAGAUAGAAAUUUGCUUGUUGCACACAUAAACUCUUUUAAUUUCAGAUACUCGCACUAUGGAAGGCAACAUGCUCCAAAUCGUAAAUACUUACCGCCGGAUCUAACUAUAAAAUUUAUGCAUAAUGAUUACAAUAAUAUCCAUCCAGAUUCUCAAGUGUGCUAUGAGGUUUAUCGUCAAACAAUAGACCACAUGAACAUUGGAUUUUAUGAAGCAACACCAGAAAAGUGUGGCUUCUGUCAGGAAUUGGAGCUUAACGAUACUGAAGAAAACCGACAAAUUAAAGGCGAACAUUUACUUAAGGUUAAACAAAUAAGGGAAUUUUAUAAGUCAGAUCAAGAUAUUCCAUAUGAAGAAGGACGUUGUUUUUCGGCUGACAUGCAAAAAAUGGUGCUUCUUCCACGAAUGCUUGAUGUUAAGGAAACUUUUUUCACCUCUAGGCUAGUGUGUUAUAAUGAGUCAUUCGCGUCUAUGCAGAAAAAAAGUUGUUGUCACAAUUUGAUUUUAUGGCAUGAGGGGAUUGCUGGCCUUCGCGCCGAGGAUGUAACAGGUUCUACAGAUGUUACAUACCAAACAUCCCCUGGAGGAGAUUUUUUAACCACAAGGAACACAUUAAAGCGGAGAGAAAAAUUAGAAAUGCCUCAGGCGGCGGCCACAAACAGAGGAAUUUGUACCAAUAAAAAAAGCGAAGAUUAUGACAGAACUUGUCCCUAA